AUGGAGGAUAUUCGUUGGAGUGAUUCUAGUGACGUCCUUCAGGACAUUAUGGUCAACUCUGUCGGCAACCGACAAGAUCUAUCGGACUUUCGGUCAAAUUUAGCUCUGGGAGACUCAGCCCCAAAUCCUCUGCUAGAUUUACACUUGACUCCCGAUCUGGCCUCGCUCGAUUCAACCAGUCAUCCUGCCUUUCUGAACCAGUGGCCCUCCGCUGGAUCCCAGGACUUUUACUACCAAAACUACCCCGCCUCUAGGUUCGGUGCGGACCAGGAUGCGUGGAACCCGUUGCUAGCUGCUGGUGUUCCUCCUUCCUCGACUGGCUCCCAUAUGCACAUGCCCGAUGCUGACUGUGCUUUCCCGAAACCCCACUAUAGAACCCCAUCUGAGGCUGGUAGUCAGUACAUGGGGAGUUUGCACUCGGCGGACUCGGGGUAUGGGAGUAAUAACGGGGCUCACUCAGCUAUUCCAACAUCUUAUGUGGAUUCGUUGUCGAGUCCACAGAUUGGUGCCAAGGAGCAUGCUUUUGCCGAGCCCACGCCAUUCUUUGACCAGUCUCGAAUGGCUGGUCCCGGGUUUGCGCAGCACUUUAACGAGUCAUUAUUCGAUGCUUCAGUCAAGUGCGAUCACCCAGCUUGCUCCUGGGUUGGCAAGUGUCCAUCUGAUAAGAGGAAACACGAGGCUCGUCAUCGAAAACUAUUUAGAUGUGAUGAACCUAACUGCCCUCGCAAAGAGGGGUUCGGCACUAUCAAUGAUCUGGCCCGCCACAAGAAAUGUGUUCACAACAAGGAGCCUGAACGAGGGCCGAAGAUGAUGUACCUCUGCUAUGGAAAGAACUGUCCUCGUCCCAACAAGAGAUGGCCGAGACUAGACAACUUCAAGCAGCACCUUAGUCGGAUGCAUGCCGAGGAAGAUGGAGAGAAACUCCUGAGGAGGUCCAUGGAGUGGCAUGAGAGUGUCACUUGUCGUCGACCGGACCCCAAACUCGAGGAUACCAGCUCAGUAGAUUCAAUGAUCGACACACAAGAUCAUAUGUCUACUCACUCUGGCGAUAUGGAUAUGGAAUCCGAUGAGACCUUGAACCACGCACAAAAUAAUAUCGACUAUCUCUACUCCCGGAUGGCAACCCCCAGACCAGUCUCCAGCAAUCCACCCUCCGAGAUCAGUUUUUCAGAUUCCCAAUCACAAUUUCAAUCUUUGGGAUCCAUAAGCCUUGACGCAUCACCUGUACAGGAUGGAACCGAUCCUGCGACAGAACACAGACAAAUCAAGUCGGAGCCAUUUGUUACCGACGCAGCUGAUAAUCUUAUCAACGCAAUGACCAGGAUGAUGAACAGCCGUGUACGCAAAGCCCAAAAUAAUGACGAGGGAAUUGAAGUCGAAUGCGAUGCUACUCUCUCCCUACCUCAGCGACAGAUGCUACAGAAGGUGCUUUCAGUAGCCCUAGAACGGCUCUCAGAUGAAGCUCCAGCAGUCCCAGAGUCCACAGAUGAAAAGCAGGGCUGGUUUCAAUGUGAUAUCUGCUCAAAGCGUACCCGACUACGUUGCGAAAUGAAAAAACACCAGAAACGUCACGAGCGACCUUACGGUUGCACAUUUCCCCACUGUGCCAAGUCCUUCGGCAGCAAGGCUGACUGGAAGCGCCAUGAGACAUCACAACACCUCCACCUCCCAAGCUGGCUCUGCGCCUUCCACGACCACUCCAAGGGUGAAUCGUGUGGACGCAUCUUUUACCGCCAGGAAACAUAUUCCCAGCACCUGACUCAGCAACACCGGAUCCCUAAAACCAGGUUAAAGACCUCUCUUGCCGCAACUCGUCUUGAUCUGGCCGAACAAUCUCACUUCUGGUGUGGUCUCUGCAGCCGCACUAUCCCGCUACAGAGCACCGGAUCCACAGCCCUUGAUGAGCGGUUCAAUCAUAUUGAUAUUGAGCAUUUCAAGAAGGGUGAGCGAGGCCAUAAUUGGAUCUUCCCGGAGUACAGAGAGUCGGCCGUCCUGCCUGGUGCUGGAUCUAGUGUUGCUAGUGCGAAGGCUGCUGGGUCACCCUUGGAAUCGGAGGUAUAUAAUCGCAAGCGCAAGCACACUGGUGCGCAUUCGCUGUCGGACAGAGUAGAUUGA